AUGAAAUUAUUUCUAAUAAUAAAUUUAAUUGCUGUAAUUCUAACGAACUGCUUAGCAGCCGUCUCUUGGGGUCUUCAAAAAGAUCUCAAUCAUCCUGGCAAAUGUGUUACAGGAGACAUCAUUUUAGCAGCUGGCGAACAGGCCUCUAUACCGGGCCGUUGUGAACAGGUGGUAUGUCAUGGGGAAAGUUAUGCUACAUUUUUUAGCUGCGGUGUUAUUGGUGUACCACCAGGUUAUGUUUUAGGAGAUCCUAUUGAACCCGAUGCCGGUUAUCCAAAAUGUUGUGCUAGGAAAAUCGUAGCAGCAUCAAAAGCUAAAAAUUCUUGA